GAGGAGGCGGCGGCGGCUCCGGGGUCGUGGCCAGCGCAGCAACAGCAGCGGCAGCUUCCAGCAUCAGCUCCGCCGACGCUUCUUCCUCCUCCAGCCAUGCCGGCUUUCGUGGUCUCCACCAACGUCUCGCGGGACGCGCUGCCCGAGGGGCUGCUGGCCGAGCUCACCGAGGAGCUGGCCAAGGCCACGGGCAAGCCGGCGCAGUAUGUCUCAGUGCAGGUGAACCCGGACCAGGUGAUGUCCUUCGGGGGUUCCAGCGCGCCCUGCGCCAUCUGCAGCCUCCACAGCAUCGGCAAAAUCAGCGCGCCGCAGAACAAGGCCUACAGCGCCAUGCUGAGCGCGCUCCUGGCCAAGCGCCUGCGUGUGCCCGCCGACAGGGUGUACAUCAACUUCUAUGACAUGGCCCCGGCCAACGUGGGAUGGAACGGCUCCACCUUCGCUUAGCGGCUGCUGGGGCGGGGCGGGGCGGGGCGGGGCAAUAAAGGCUUCGAACAGUC